AGCAUAUGUUUAAGGCUGUGAUUCUGACUGUCCUGAUCCUGGGGAUUGGGGCUUUGUGGCGUGAGUGGCCUCACAGUGUGGUUUUGGUUCUCAUGAGAUCUCUUUCAUGGGUGUUUACAUAUAUGGUCCCUCUGCUUUCACCAAGUGGAGUGAUAGGAAGGAGAUAAUUUAUCACCUCAUUUAUAAGAUGUUUUAAGGAAGUGAUGAAACAUUUUCUGAUGAUAGCAGAAGGUCUCUUCUGAAUAUGGCUUCGGAAAUCACUUAUGCUGAAGUAACUUUCAGAAAUGGAUCCAAGUUCUCAGGCACCAACUCAGACCCUCCUGCAGCUCCCAAGGAAAGGACCACCCCUCACAAAAGUAAUCCCGGUUUUCCCAAGCUGCUUUGUGCCUCACUGAUAAUACUUUUCCUGCUAUUGGCCAUCUCAUUCUUCAUUGCUUUUAUCAUUUUCUUUCAAAAAUAUUCUCAGCUUCUGAAGAAAAUUACUGAAGAUAAAAGUACUACAAAAGAGUCAACUCACACAACAUUGGAGUGUGUGAAAAAUAAUUUGGCCAUCCCAGAGAAAGUCUGGAGCUGCUGCCCAAAGAAUUGGAAGUCAUUUAGUUCCAAAUGCUACUUUAUUUCAACUGAAUCAAGAUCUUGGAGUGAAAGUCAGAAGAACUGCUCUGGAAUGCAGGCUCACUUGACGGUGAUCAACACCAAGGAAGAGCAGGAUUUCAUCAUCCAGAAUCUGAGUAAAGAUUCUGCUUAUUUUGUGGGGCUGUCAGAUCCAGAGGGUCAGAGACACUGGCAAUGGGUUGAUCAGACACCAUACAAUGAUAGUGCCACAUUCUGGCAUCCAAAGGAGCCCAGUGAUCCCAACGAGCGUUGUGUUAUAGUAAAUUAUCCCAGGCCACGUGGGAAAUGGGGCUGGAAUGACGUUUAUUGUGAUAACGCACAAAGGUCAGUUUGUGAGAUGACGAAGAUCUACUUAUGAACCAAACAUUCUUCAUGGAUAUGUGAUUGGAUUGGCACUCAUCUUUACAGAGAUAGAUAAUAUCUUUUUUUUAUGUGUAAGGGAGGUCCUUAGAAUUUUAGGUAGCCAGUCAGCUCAGUCACUCAUGAGAGAAUUGGUCCAUACAUUUAUUCCUUCACUCAUAAGAUGAACAUUUAUUGGGCGUUUUCACAUGCCAGAGACGAUCCUGGAGACCCCUUUUGUGGACACAUGGAGGGAGCAUGACCCUCCCUCCUAACCUUUGUCUGGGGGCUUAGGGAUUAUUUACUGAUACAACUAUGUGAUGUGCUUUCUCUACCAGGCUAGGUUUUCUCUUUCCCUCCACCCAGGUUUAUUGAUGUACAACUGACAAAUAAA